ACGUACUGCUGUAACGCAUGCUGCUGUAAUAACGCAUGCUGCUGUAAUAACGUGCAUGACACAAGGCGGAUUGUGCCUGUUUUGCACAUUAAAAAAAAAAAAAAAUACAAUCAGGUCGGGGACCAGCAGCAUGACAGAGUGUGCAGAAGCAUCCGUUCGCAGGUGCUAGCCAAAUUCGUGCUGAGCUCGGGGUUUUCUGGCGUAUGACUUUCCAAACAAUAGUGGGCACAGUUCUUUUGAAGUCGGCCCAGGACUCACAGUAGCCCCACCCCCGUCCUCCACUUGUUCCUGCUGCCCUUCUAGAGCAUGCCACGGGCUGCAUUCUUAGGCCCAGGCCUGGCCUGAGCCGAACCUUUCUUUGAUUCGCUGGCCCAGGUCCGGCCCGACGGCUCCAUACCAGCCCAAUCCCCAGGAAUUUUUAGGUUUUCCAGCCCAGUGUAGUGGGCUGUAAAAGGGGACCGUGGCUAACAAACAGUGGAGUAACAUAGGCUGCUGCCCGACCUAGGCCUGGCCCCUCCCCAUCGUGGUCUAACCUGAGCCUGGGUCAGGCUCGGGUUUUGGUACAAGGGUGGCGACUGGUUUACUCCACAUUAGUGUAGGCCCAAGAGAUGCUUUCGCAAAGUCCCAGCCCUUGGGAUUCACAGCCCAGAGAAAUGCAGCUGCCUCAACAGUCCACUGGCUAACUCACAAGAGUAGAGCAAGCAUCUUGUGGCAGGACAGGUGUAGAAAGAGGACUGUAGCAAAGUCUGCAUCAAGAGUCGACACUUGUGGGAGCAUUAUGUUAGCCGUCUUUGAUCCUCAACUAGGGAUGGUACCGGUGUGGUGCGGAAACAAGAUGGCGCUCCUGCUCUCCCUUGGACCUCAGUUGAUGACGCCUGCAAUGGCACAGAUUAAAGAACCCCAGGACUGCUCUUCGAGUAAACAUCUGGUCGUAGUGGUGAAGACUGAGCCCUACAAUGCUACAAUUUCAGAAGGGUGGGACGAAGUUGAACACAGCCAUGACUCUUCUUCAGAAGAAGCAGCAGCAAGUACUGGCAUACUUCAUAUUAAGGAUGAACCCAGAGACAUUUAUGAUCCAGCAUCAUCAUGUUGCAACUCUUCAAAUACCGAGUUCAACUUCAGCACGACUACAGUUGAGCCUUCAUCUCACAAUGCAGUCCCAGACACUGUGGAUGUUCGACCCACAGAUUCCAAGCCCCGCGACUGUGCCCCAGGCCAGAGCAAGACCCAAGAACCAGGGGAAUCCUCAAUCUCUGACCACGAGAAGAACAGGACGUACAAGUGUAGUGUUUGUUCAGCUACGUGCAUUGACGUGGGCCACUUGGAAGUUCGCCUCAGCGCUGACAAGGCGAACGUGCUAACCUGCAACAUAUGUCAACAGAAACGGACGCAGACAGGCGUGAGGUUGUACAGGUGCGAUCUGUGUCCUGCACAGUUCAGCUACAGCGCAAACCUGCGGCGUCACAUGCGGACACACCCGGAAGAGAGGCCGUACAAGUGUGAUCUCUGUCCUGCAGAAUUCAAACGCAGCAUAUACUUGCAGAACCACAGGCAGAUACACACGGGCGAGAAGCCGUACAAGUGCAGCCUCUGUCCUGCAGAGUUCAGCUACAGCAGGAACAUGCGACGUCACAGGCAGAAACACACGGGAGAGAAGCCUUACAAGUGUGAUCUCUGCCCUGCAGACUUUAACCGCAGCAUAUACUUGCAGAACCACAAGCAGAAACACGUAGGCGAGAAGCCGUACAAGUGCAACCUCUGUCCUGCAGAGUUCAGCUACAGCACAAACCUGCAGAGCCACAAGAAGACACACACGGGUGAGAAGCCACACGAGUGUGGCACCUGUCACGCAAAAUUCAGCCGCAGCAGAGACCUGCAGCGGCACAUGCUGACACAUACGGGCGAGAAGCCACACAAGUGCGAUCUGUGCCCUGCAAAGUUCAGUCUCAGCGCAAACCUGCAGAGCCACAAGCAGACGCACACGGGUGAGAAGCCAUACAAGUGCAGUCUCUGUUCUGCACAGUUCACCAAGAAGUGGAGUCUGCGCCGCCACGGUGUGUUACAUGCCAGCGAGGAUUGUUACCAGAAGCAAGAAACGAUUUCUACCCGAAAUCCAUCAGAAAUGAAAACAUACUCAAAACUAUUUUCGUUACCACUACCAGCAAAAGAAACAGAAUUGAAAGGACAGUAACAGGAAUCGUAACGGAAACCUUAUUUUUGGCCCUACUUAUUCCGUCCUGAUUGGGCAACCUCACUUUUUUUCUUACAUUUCUCGCCCACAGCAUGUUAUCGCCCAAUACAACUAGAUGCAUGAUGAGUGCUGGUGGCAGUGAUGCUGGUGCAAGCGUUGCAGAGGCCAGUUCACACUACCAUGCGUACAGUCAAAGUCCUUUACAACGCAGUCCAAGGGGCCACGGAAAAUAUUUGUUGUAAAGGUGACUUCGUUAAAAAAGACAGUGGAGCGAUAUUGCAGUUCAAACUGACUGCAAUAGUCACGUUGCAAUAGUAUGAGGGUAGGCUCAGGGAGAAACCUAUCACGCACGUGUGAAAACGUCUGCCGCUCCAGCGGUGAGCAAAGUCCAAACGCAGAGUCGUGGGCCCUAUUUUGGCAUCAGUUUCCGCUGUGACAACAUAUUUCUCGGAACGAGUUUGAAUACGAACCGUGCGUAGGGUUGCCACCAGGCUGGUAUUAUACCGGCACGGCCGGUUAUUUGCGCGCUCUGCCGGUAGGAAGGUGAUACCGACAGCCUUUUGCCGGUAUUUCUGGCUCAAGACCUUUCAUAAGGGCUUUUACGGGGUUUUCCCUUCAACAUUCCACUACAGCUUGAAUAAAUCUGGAGCACAGACCCAACUCUGCAGUCACCAGUCAUUUUCUUAGUUAUUCAUUAUUAUGAUUAUUCGUUGUUAUUAUUAUUAUCAUUAUUAUUCACAACGUCUUGUGUUCAGAGGGGACAAGAGCAGUGGUUGUGCAAAGCUGUUGGUGGUUGUGUCGAGCCAGCUAGAACGUUCCUCACCCAUUUUCCCUUUCCUACGACCCUUUCCUCCUUUCCCUCUAUUCCACCACCUCUCCCUCAGCCGGUAUUUUUCACUCCGAAAGGUGGCAACCCUAAGGGUGCGGAGGUUACGCUUCGCGGAGCCGAUGACCGGUGUCGUAUUAGCGCAGACUCUGGAAGAAACCUAUCACGCAUCGUGUGAAAACGACCAAAGUCAAGUCCGACCACAGAGUCGUAGGCCCCCUUUAAGUUUCGCAUCAGUUUCGACUAUGACAACAAAUUUCUGGGAAUGAGUUUGAAUACGAGCCGCGCGGAGGUUUGUUUACGGCACUCUUCGUGGAGCCGAUGACCGGUGUCGCCACCGUCGCGGGCAGUGCGGUUCUUAUUUCUGAAUGCACAGCACCGUAGAGCCCGGUCAUGAACUGAGACGCCUCUUGACACAUGCAAGCUUAUUUACUCAUUUAUUUCUUCAGACUAAAAAAACUUCGUUACCUUUUUUUUUUUAACAAGUGUGUUCAAAGCACCACACUUUCAGUUUACCAACGUGUCAGUCACAAUACCAAAAAAAAGACAGCAGUCCCUUUCUUUUGUGCGUUCAGCCCCUAGUGAGUCAGUGGCACGGGGUCUCUGGAGGGACAUGACCUCCGUGUCCUCCGACAGCGUUGCUUCCGAUUAGAGUCGCUAAAUAGGGGCCAUUUAGUGACUCUACCUCCGAUAAUGCCAUCACAACACCUGCGGAAACCGGAAACAACAGGCGUGUGACUCAGGUGACGAGGGGGGAAAACAGCAGUCCCUGUCUUUUGUGCGUUCAGCCCCUAGUGAGUCAGUGGCCACAGGGUCUCCUGAGGGACAUGACCUCCGUGUCCUCCGGCAGCGUUGCUUCCGAUUAGAGUCACUAGAUAGGGGCUAUUUAGUGACUCUACCUCCGAUAAUGCCAUCACAAAACCCGCGGAAACCGGAAACAACGGGCGCGUGACUUAGGUGGCGAGGGGGUAAACGACGCUGCGCGACAUGCUGGCCCAUUGCCACGUGUCGGGAGCAUUUUCUUUUGAAACUUCGUUGUAUGGGUCGUGCGCUUCGGCAAUCGGACCGCAGAAUUACUUCCUUAUUUCGGUAGUUUCGUUGUAAAGGAUUUCGUUAUAAAGGUUCUAAUUAUACAUUGCACCCUAUGGAGCGCUGACCGGACCAUAAAAAACGUUCGUUAAAACGGUCUUUUCGUUAAAAAGGCAUUAGUUAUAAAGGCGUUAGUUAUAAAGUACUUUGACUGUACUUGAGUUUCAAUUCUAAGUCAACCCAUGUCAAGCCGUAUAGUUGUGACUCUCUGCAUCUAGAAUGCUUGUUUGUAGUGUUGGACGUAGUGUCUAACCUCUCAAUCAAGUGUCAGUGCUCAAGGAAGGUCGUCAUCUCCCUUCAUACUUUUUCAUACUUGCAGUAUAACACGGGAAGUAUAGCUGGGAAUACUGUGUUUCAUGUGCUAAGAUAAAACUCACCAUAGCUAGACAACGGAAACACAGCCCAAAACAGAAAUUGCUAAGAAAUGAUAA